AUGAAGUUUCUCAUCGGCAUCCUUGCGACAGGCUUGUCAUUUCUGGCAACAGCCGAUAGCGCCCGAAUUGACCGCAUACAAGCGCGGCAAAGUAAUUCGACUAGCAUCAAUAUCCGCGACGCAGUAGCACACCCAAAUGCCACAGGAACAUGGCCUAUCAAUGGCAUCGAUGUGACGGAGCCACUGCUGAAUCCACCUGCCGAUGACUACGGCCCCGGAAACGGUUGGAGCAUCAACAUCGCCGUUGCGACCAACAUUUCUGCGGACGACAUCAGCACUUCAGUAUCGAACCCCGCAGUCAUAACUCUCGAAGGACCGGAGAAUGCCUUUCAAGGCCUGAACUCGACAACAAACUACACUGAGAAUUAUGACAUCUGUUCCUUUGCCUGGUUUGAAAACGUCUGGACCGUCAAAGAAUUGGAGAAGCUCCAAGACGAUGUUAACGGGACCUGCAAUGGUGUUAUCUCCGAGGAGUGCAUCAAGGAGACUAAAGAGGCCCUGGUGCGCCAGCCGUGUAGCACCUUCAGAAGCUUCGAAAAGCCUAAGAGCUGCCCUCAAGCACUCUCAUCCCCUUCGUCAUUCCGAAGAAACGUGACUUUUGAUUUGCCUACCGGAACUUCGACGAAUGAAAGCUCCUCUUCUCAUCUUUUCGGCAUCUGGGGACCUUAUUCGAAUAGAUCGGAAGCUGGCCUACGCGAUGCGUACGACACGGCUCUUACUAAUGUCUACCCCGUGCUUCUUGCAUACAAUUAUGAAGACGGAGGGACUCGGACGAAUUAUAGCUUAUUCCGAUGCAUUCGUGCCAACAACAUCGUAGACGGAAGCCGUGAGCCAGAUUCGUAUGGAAGCAACAGAAGAAGCUCUGCAGGACGGGUUCAUUCGUCAAAAGCCUCUGCAAUGAUUAGCAUGCUUCUACCCUUCUCGCUCACUAUGCUCCUGUAA